CUUAUUUAAAAAGAGACAGCGCAGCGAAAUUGCUACAGUUCCUAUCUCGCAGAAUGAAGGCAGCGAUCAGUAUCUUUGUUCUCUACCAUGCACUCGUCUCAUCGGCGUUUGAUCUCUAUGGUUCUAUGGACGACGCUCGAAGCGCAAUCAUGUCUUUUUACGACUCAACGCACGUCGCACCCCGUGUUCUGGCAACGGAGAAGCCAACAGUGAACACCCCAAUACCAGGUAGUUUCGUCACAAGUCUGGCAGAAGUACCAGACGUUAUUCGCCCUGUUUCUGUUAAAAAAUUUUCGAAACGGAAACACACUAUGGUAACAUCAAUGGGUGGAACGGGUCCUAGGUUUAGACCAUUUCCACGGCGAAAAUAUAAACAUCAUUCUGUCAUUUCUGCGUGGAGAAGACCUGCUCCUAAGUUCAAACCACUUCUCAAACCAAUUCCAACCGUCGCUUUGAGAACGUCUUCCCCAGUUGUUCGCUCCAAACGAGUCUCGUUGAACAAGUUCGCUGAAGCUAUCGAAGAUAUUGAGAAAGCCUUGGCCGAUGCGCAAAUUGUGAGUCGCGUCAGGCACGACGCAACUAGGUUGAGGAAACUAAAAGAUCUUAUCAAAACAGCUGUUGAGAAAAGAAGUUAUCGUUUUGCGCGUAAGGCAAUCGGUGAAGCGAUGUUCACGAUUAGAAAAAUGAACGAGCAAAGGAAAGCAACUGGACGUAGAAAGAGAAACAUUGUCCUGUCAUCAAAGGAUUUUCUUGGCAGCGUUAGGCGGACAAUUGGUGUAUCGGCUUUCAAUGAUCUUCUUGCGAUGCAAGGUCAAGUCACACUCAUGUUUGCCAUCGACGAUACGGGCAGCAUGCGUGAGGAAAUUGAAGCCGCAAAAAGAAUCGCAACGUCUAUCGUGAAUCAGCAACGAGUGGAGCCGGUUGAUUACAUUCUGUCACCGUUUAAUGACCCAGGUACUGGUCCAGUAACCUAUUGUUCAGAGACCGAAAAAGAUCGAUUUGUGAGAGCCAUUGCUUCUCUUUCACCCAAUUCUGGGGGCGAUUGUCCUGAACUGGCAUUCCAAGGAAUGAGUGACGCAAUCGACGCUGGACCUCAGCUAGACUCACCUUUGUACGUAUUCACGGAUGCCGGACCAAAAGACGCAACCGAAGACAAAGUACGAUACGUUAAAGAGACUGCACAGGCCCAAGGACUUGUCGUUAAUUUCUUUGUUGUUCAGAAUACUGCGUGUACACAAGGGGUAGACAUCUCGUCGUUUCACGAAAUAGCGCAAGCCACUAUGGGUCAGGUUUAUGAAUUGAAAAAUUCUCAGGAACUUGAUGAUCUUCAAGGGUUGACAGCAACCUCGCUUGGAGGGACUGCUGUCGUAGCAAAUGCAGUCAGUGAUAAUCAAUCUUCGCGUAAGAAACGGAGCUCUUCCCAAACUGCCAAUUCGUAUUCAAUCACGGUUGAUGACUCUAUAGACACCCUGGUUGUAUCCGUGACUGGUGACAAACCCAAAGCGAAUAUGUGGAGCGUGUCGCUGACCUCGCCCACGGGAACGAUUGCAGGCGUCACUACCACAAGUAACUUAGACCAAGGAACCGUGUACCAGAUAUCCAAACCGAAUGUAGGGAUUUGGAAUUUAGGAAUCAAUGCUGAUCCAAAUGUGAAGUAUGAUUUCUUUGUGAAGGGAUCCAGUGCGGAUAACAUCGAUUUUGAAGUUUACUUUGUCAGGACCACAGUUAGAAGAGGAGUGUCUACUACAGUUCCCAUCACUGCACCUUUACUAGGCAUCGAAGCUGAAGCUAUCCUGACUCUGGGUGGCGUGGGCCAUGUCGACCAAAGUACUCUGAGAGCAGAACUCGUGGACUUGUGCGGCGAUGUCAUAACGCCAACCAGAUCCGUCUCUUUCACAUCGAAAGACAAAAAAGGGAUCCGCCAUUCUUUCAAAUUCUUCCCACCAAAUCAAGAUUUCAAAAUUAAGUUGAAGGGGCGUACGAAGAAAGGACAUGCAUUCGAACGUAUUUCUCACUCUCCCAUCAAACCUGAAACUCUGAUUGUUAAAGUUGUGUUCGCACGAAACGAUUACACUAUGACACAAGGUGGAGCAGGUUAUGUAAUCUUCAUGAUCGAAAACUUUGGAGAGAGCGAGGUUGUGGAUAUAAGCUCGUUUGGUAGCAUGGGAACAGUCGAGAGACAAUCGCGAAGCACGGCCCUAGCUCGUAAAGAUCGUAGAACGUCGUUUUCCGUCUCAUUCCGAGGAAAAACGAAGGCAACACGAGGUUUGACGGUUACGAUUGUUGUGUCGGUUAAAGGACGAAAUUCAGGCUCCAAAUCUGUCAUGUCUGUUCCAUUGUUAGUUGUCUAGUCCAUGUGAUGAAAAUAUUACGCGGAAACAAUUCACCUGAUUGACGUGAUUGUAGACUAGUGUAUACAUAGAUUAGGAUUUUAUCCUAUUGAAACUUAGAUUCAAGACCAAAUAUUAUCUCUCAUUGAAAGUUACU